GCCAGUACCAGUAGAGUUGUUCAGCGUACUUAUAGCGGACGUGUUGAAUUUUAAUUGGUAAUUUACAAGUUAUCUACAAAUUAAUACGAAUAGGACAAUCAAUUCAAGUGUUAAAUCUUAACUAUGGAAUCGAAGAGGUCUUGCUGUUCAUCCUCUAUGUGCUGCGGCGCGCCGGUGGAGAAAGGAUGUCUGGUGUUCGCCAUAAUAAAUGCAGUGUUAUGCGUCGCAGCGUCCGCCGGCAGCCUGAUCUUCCUAAUCUACAUCCUAUACACCUGGUUCUCAGAAUCCCGAGGACCAAGUGACAUGUUCCUAGUGUACCUGUUCACGGGCAUCGCUGUCGGUUGCUGUGUGGCGAGUGCUUUAGCGCUCACAUUUGCUGUCGUGCUGGUUAUGGGGCUUCGUAGUGGCAACAAGGGCUAUGUGAUGGCGUACCUGGGCUAUGGCGUAGUGGUUGUCGUCCUGAGCGUGCUCGGGUGUCUCGGGUUCAUCGCUUUGGAGUGGGGCGAGACACAGCCCAUGUUGUACACUUUGAUACCUCUUGGGGUCUCUUUUCUAUACUCCUUGCUGCUGCUACUGGUCUACCAAACCUACACGGUGUUUUCAAAAAGCACGCCUGCCAAUCAUGCGAGACUACUCAACACCUACGAUCUAUGAAGUCCACUAGUUUGAACUUUAAUAUGAAAUAUGUGAAA